AUGCUUAUUACUCUUCCAGGCGAUAUUCAGGUUCCAGGCCCUCCCACCAAUGUACAUGCUUCAGAAAUCAGCAAAACAUAUGUUGUGCUCAGCUGGGAUCCACCUGUUCCUCGUGGCAGGGAGCCACUGACGUAUUUCAUUGAGAAGUUCUUAUUGGUUGGCAGUGGAAGCUGGCAAAGAGUCAAUGCACAGGUUGCUGUAAAAUCUCCUCGCUAUGCAGUGUUUGACCUUGCAGAAGGAAAACCAUAUGUCUUCCGAGUCUUGUCAGCAAACAAGCACGGCAUCAGUGAUCCAUCUGAAAUCACAGAACCUAUUCAACCACAAGAUACCAUUGUUGUCCCAUCAGCACCUGGUCGAGUAGUGGCCACAAGGAAUACAAAAACAUCAGUUGUAGUCCAAUGGGACAAACCAAAACACGAAGAGAAUUUGUACGGCUACUACAUUGACUAUUCUGUGGUGGGAUCAAAUCACUGGGAACCUGCUAACCACAAACCUAUUAACUAUAGCAGAUUUGUUGUUCAUGGUUUGGAAACUGGUGAACAGUACAUCUUCCGCGUGAAAGCUGUGAAUGCUGUAGGAUUCAGUGAAAACUCACAGGAGUCAGAGGCUAUAAAAGUACAAGCAGCCCUUACUUGCCCAUCGUAUCCUCAUGGCAUCACACUUCUGAACUGUGAUGGUCAUUCAAUGACCCUUGGAUGGAAAGCACCAAAGUAUAGUGGAGGUUCCCCAGUCCUUGGUUAUUAUAUAGAUAAACGGGAAGCUAACCAUAAAAACUGGCAUGAAGUCAAUUCUUCCCUUAUUUGCCGGACAAUUUAUACGGUAGAAGAUUUGACAGAAGAUGCCUUCUAUGAAUUCAAAAUUGCUGCUGCAAACAUGGUUGGAAUAGGUCAUCCUUCAGAUCCCAGUGAGCACUUUAAGUGUAAAGCCUGGACUAUGCCAGAACCUGGUCCUGCAUAUGAUCUCACAAUUUGUGAAGUUAGAAAUACAUCACUGGUUCUUCUGUGGAAAGCUCCUGUGUAUGAAGGCAAAAGCCCCAUUACUGGGUACUUAGUGGACUAUAAGGAAGUAGAUACAGAGGACUGGAUCACUGCUAAUGAAAAACCUACUUCGCACCACUACUUUAAGGUUACCGAUUUACAUCAGGGUCAUACCUAUGUUUUCAAAGUUCGUGCAGUGAAUGAUGCUGGGGUUGGCAAGUCGUCUGAGAUAUCUGAACCAGUGUUUGUUGAAGCAAGCCCUGGAACAAAAGAAAUCUUUUCAGGUGUGGAUGAGGAAGGUAAUAUUUACCUGGGUUUUGAAUGCAAAGAAGCUACAGAUGCAUCUCAUUUUCUGUGGGGAAAAUCAUAUGAGGAGAUUGAGGAUUCUGAUAAAUUUAAGAUUCAGACAGAAGGAGAUCAUUCUAAGCUGUACUUCAAGAAUCCUGAUAAAUCGGACUUGGGAACUUACUGUAUUUCAGUUAGUGACACAGAUGGUGUUUCAUCCAGCUUCAUUUUGGAUGAGGAAGAGUUUGAACGUUUGAUGGCAAUAAGCAAUGAAAUAAAGAAUCCAACAAUACCUCUCAAAUCAGAAUUAGCUUAUGAGGUUCUUGAUAAAGGAGAAGUCCGUUUCUGGAUUCAAGCUGAAAGCUUAUCACCAAAUUCUACCUAUAGAUUUGUUAUUAAUGAUAAAGAAGUUGAAAACGGAGAUAGGCACAAGAUAAGUUGUGACCAUUCAAAUGGCAUUAUAGAAAUGGUGAUGGACAAAUUUACAAUUGACAAUGAAGGUACCUACACAGUACAGAUUCAAGAUGGAAAGGCCAAAAAUCAGUCUUCAUUAGUUCUCAUUGGAGAUGCAUUUAAGACGGUAUUGGCUGAGUCUGAGCUCCAGCGAAAGGAAUUCCUCAGGAAGCAAGGUCCCCACUUCUCAGAGUUUCUAUAUUGGGAAGUUACAGAAGAAUGUGAAGUUCUGCUUGCUUGUAAGGUUGCAAACACAAAGAAGGAGACUGUUUUCAAGUGGUAUAGGAAUGGUUCUGGGAUUGACGUUGAUGAGGUGCCUGAUCUGCAGAGAGGAGAAUGUCACCUCACUAUUCCCAAGUUGUCUCGCAAGGAUGAAGGAGUUUAUAAGGCAACACUGUCAGAUGAUAGAGGUCAUGAUGUCUCUACUCUUGAAUUAUCAGGAAAAGUAUAUGAUGAUAUAAUUUUGGCACUGAGCAGAGUCAGUGGUAAGACUGCUUCUCCACUGAAGAUACUCUGUACAGAAGAAGGAAUAAGGCUCCAAUGUUUCUUGAAGUACUACAAUGAAGAAAUGAAAGUCAUCUGGUCUCACAGGGAAUCUAAGAUUUCUUCUGGUGAAAAGAUGAAGAUUGGAGGUGGAGAGGAUGUUGCCUGGCUGCAGAUAACUGAACCCACUGAAAAGGAUAAGGGGAACUACACCUUUGAAAUCUUUGCAGACAAGGGAUCCUUCAAACGCACACUUGAUCUGUCUGGGCAAGCUUUUGACGAUGCCCUUACAGAAUUCCAGCGACUCAAGGCAGCUGCUUUCGCUGAGAAGAGUAAGUUCAUUUUAUAUUUUAUUUUACAUGUUCUACAUACUAGUUUAGUGUUUUCUUUAAGACAUCCAUCAUGAUACGUUGCCAUACUU